AUGUGGGGGGGCAGCAGCUCGCCUGGCACCCAGAUCGCCGCUGCGCCCUCGCCCGGACCCCCCGUCGCCCAGGAUGGCUGCUCCGAACCAUGGGCCGCGGCGGAGCUAGCGCCGAGCUCCCUGCCUUCGUCCCCCGAGUCCCGGAGCCGCUCCCGCGCGGGGCCACGCGUCCCGCGGGCGCUGGGUCCUGAGGACGACGACAGCACCAACUUUUCCUUUUUCCACUGCCUCCCCGGCCCCGCACUCCUCCCCCUGCUCGCGGUUGUUGUGUGUCAGCACUUGGCUGGAGACUUCUUGAACUUGCAGGGAGAGUGA